AGUCUUGUUGCUCUAGGUUUUUUUAUUACUCUUGAAAAGUUCUCUGACUUAUAUCUGUCAGGCAAGCCAGAGCUAUAACGUGAAUCACGUUAGCUUGAGCUUACGUUUUUAUAUGCUUUUCAGCAACCGUGCGCAAAUUCGUUUGCUGAACAUAUGGCAGAAAAAGUUUUAGUAAUAGAAAAAUGUUUAUUAUUAAUUUUACGCAUAUAUAUGCUUAAAAAGUGGUUUUUUAAAAGUUAAAUUCAAAGGGAAAGAAAAUGACUUCACGUAAUCUCACAGAGGUUUUUGUGAUAAUGCGAAAUAAUGCGUCCAAAAAUCGAAAUUUGUAUUCGGAUAGGGUAUGCUUUAUUGUCAAUUUUUGUGCAUAUAUUCUCGUUAUUAAAUAUAAUAAAAAACAGGAAGAUGAUGCUGAGCGAUUGAUUAAACACUCUAUUCGGGACGCUGAAGAAGGUUUGGAAAUGCGUGACGAUUAUGGCACACCACCUAUGUGGAUUGAUAAGCUAGAAGAAGCUCAAUAUACUCUAUCUAAAAUAAAACCAAAACUUGAUGAAUUGGGAUCCCUACAUGCAAGGCACUUGUUGCAACCGGCAUUCGACGAAAACCAUGAGGAAGAAACUGAAAUAGAGAGCCUUAGCCAGGAGAUUUCAAAACUGAUUACAUCGACACAUCGUCAUAUACAAUGUAUCCGAUCAAGCCUCGGCGUCGGUACAAGGAUGGAACAAAAAUUAACGGAAAAUGUUGUGACUUGCUUAUUGCUUCAAUUGCAAGAGUUGACAUCGAAAUUUCGUAAUAGCCAAAGCUCGUAUAUACGCCAACUUAAUUCUCGAGAGGAACGUUCUCAGAAAUAUUUUGAUAAUGAUGAUUUUACGAACGUCGAUUUGGUGUCAGUUUCUACAGAUGAUCGUGGCAAUUAUGUAGACACUUUUGAUAACUUUUUACAACCCGUGACCAAUGAGCUCGAUAAUAAAAAAUCCAAUUUAAACCAUAGCUAUUUAUAUGAUGAUGAAUCUACUCAACAAAUAGAUGAAGACUUUCAGCGUCCAAUAUCAAAACGAAUGACUAAACAACAACUUCUGUUAUUUGAGGAAGAAAACACACGCGUUGCUCUUAGUCGUGAUGAAGAGGUUACCAAAAUUGUUAAAUCUAUUUAUGAUCUCAACGAUAUAUUUAAAGAUCUUAGUCAAAUGGUACAAGAACAAGGAACUGUUUUGGAUCGUAUUGAUUAUAAUGUAGAACAAACGCAAACAAAAGUUUCGGAGGGUUUGCGACAAUUACAGCGUGCAGAAAUGUAUCAGCGAAAAAAUCGUAAAAUGUGUAUAAUUAUGGUAUUGGCAGCAGUAACUUUAUUCAUGCUCCUGCUUCUAAUUUUUACAAAGUUGUAAAUGUGUAAAUAAAUAUAUUAAUUUUUCAAUA